GGUGGGCAAUUUAGAGCCGCACGCCCGGCGGGAAUGUAAGAUGGCGGAGUAGCAACGCGAAGCGGUUUGGACCUGAGUCUGUGGGCCGACUUCGGUUCCGGUCUCGGCAGCAACAGUGAUCGCUGAGCAGAGAGUGCCUAGGGUGGUUGGCCAAGAUGCCGAAUAUUAAAAUCUUCAGCGGCAGUUCCCACCAAGACUUAUCCCAGAAAAUUGCUGACCGCCUGGGCCUGGAACUAGGCAAGGUGGUGACUAAGAAAUUCAGCAACCAAGAGACCUGUGUGGAAAUUGGCGAAAGUGUACGUGGAGAGGAUGUCUACAUUGUUCAGAGUGGCUGUGGUGAAAUAAAUGACAAUCUAAUGGAGCUUUUGAUCAUGAUUAACGCCUGCAAGAUCGCUUCAGCCAGCCGGGUUACCGCAGUCAUCCCAUGCUUUCCGUAUGCCCGGCAGGACAAGAAGGAUAAGAGCCGGGCUCCAAUCUCAGCCAAGCUUGUUGCAAACAUGCUCUCUGUAGCAGGCGCAGAUCAUAUUAUCACCAUGGACCUGCAUGCCUCUCAGAUUCAGGGCUUUUUUGAUAUCCCAGUGGAUAAUUUGUACGCGGAGCCAGCUGUCCUGAAAUGGAUCAGGGAAAACAUCUCUGAGUGGAGGAACUGCACUAUUGUCUCCCCCGAUGCUGGUGGAGCUAAGAGAGUGACCUCCAUCGCAGACCGGUUGAAUGUGGACUUCGCUCUGAUUCACAAAGAACGGAAGAAGGCCAAUGAAGUAGACCGCAUGGUGCUGGUGGGAGAUGUGAAGGAUCGGGUGGCCAUCCUGGUAGAUGACAUGGCCGACACCUGUGGCACAAUCUGCCAUGCGGCUGACAAACUUCUCUCAGCUGGAGCCACCAGAGUUUAUGCGAUCUUGACUCAUGGAAUCUUUUCUGGCCCGGCCAUUUCCCGCAUUAACAAUGCAUGCUUUGAAGCAGUAGUCGUCACCAAUACCAUACCUCAGGAGGAUAAGAUGAAGCAUUGCUCCAAAAUACAGGUGAUUGACAUCUCAAUGAUCCUCGCAGAAGCCAUCAGGAGAACUCACAACGGGGAGUCCGUUUCCUACCUGUUCAGCCAUGUCCCUUUAUAAUAGAAUUACUGCUGAGGCUUUUUACAAAUAAAGUGAACCCCGCUCCUUGUUCUCCCUUGGCAUUUGAUGAAAAAUCCAGCAGAAAACCCAGCUUGCUCCAGUGUAGCUUUCCACACCCCACAUCAAGUAUAUUAGCGUUUCUCCUAAAUUAGAGAAAGACGGAUUGAGACUCACUGCUGGGAUUUCCUUCCUCCGUUGUCUCAUUCCGGCUUCUUGGAUUCUGUGAGCCUCGCAGCUUUGCAGCUUUAACCACAGCCGAACUGCUGCAAGAUUGCAGGCUUGAGAGGGUGUUGUGUUGUAGGGGUGUUUGAAGUUGAUGAGGGAAGCUCAGACUACUUUGCAUGUGAAUUCUUCAGGGUUUCCUUGGUUCCGAACCACUGGUGACAAAGCCGAACCACUGGUGACAAAGCCGACCCAGUUCCUAUCCCCCAACCCCCAACCUGUGAAAAGCUCUCAAAAGUCUAUGCUAAAUUACAGCAGGAACCCUAGGCAGCCCCAACCCAGCUCUGGUUGCUGAGUCCUGUAAAGCAGGAGCCAGCGGGCAGCUCUCUGGUUGGCGGGGGUGGGGGGGUGCGCUGAGGGGUGGCAGCACACAGGGCAGUGAAUGCUUCUUGGGAGGAAAUAGCCUGAUCCUUCACCCCCUGCUUGGGGACUGUGUCCCUUGGAUUCUCCUUUGUACCUGUUCCUUUACAUUUGACUUGACAUUCAGCCAUCUUGCCCUUUCCCUGGCCAAAAAACCCUCUCAGGCCCAAAUGUUCCUUGUACUACAGUCUUCUGGAAAGCAAACUUACCCCCUGCUACGUGAUCUCUAACAUUUACAUGGGAUUGUUUCUGCUGUAGCUUAAUCUUCCUGAGCCCGCUACCACCCUGGUAGUAGGUUUUAGGUGGGGUCGUAGUGCCUUUAGAUUAAUUUAAAUAUCUCAUUUUCAUCUUCCUCCCAUUGAUUUGGCCUCUCCAGUGACCUGAGAUUUCUGUUAAAAAGGUUGAUGUUACUGUUUACUGUCUCUUGUAGAGGAAACUAAUAAAGUGUCUUUGUGUGAUUGUG